AUGGCGGCGCGGCCGCAGUAUCCUGAAUACCAGUACAACUCUCACGAAUGCAAAAUGAAGACAGUAAAAAGAGGAACAGAACUGUCAUGUUCUGGAAAAAGGAUUCAUGAGCAAUUCACUGAAGGUGUGAAAAGUCAUACUGGCUGCGUGCCAGGGAACAGCCAGGGCCGGCUGCUCCCCGAGGGCCGGAGAGCCAAGGGGGCUGGGAGUGCGAGCCAGCAGGUUGGGGUGCAGAAGCACCAUGAAACAGAGGAGAGUCGAUGUAACGUCCAUUCCAUGCUCACCAGACAGCUGGGCUAUGGGGAAGGCAGGCGGAGAGCCCCUAAGGGCAGCUCAGUGCUGCCUGGUGGCUCUCCGAAUGGAGGCAAACCCGGCUGCAGCGCUGCGCCUUGGCCAUGCCUCGGUCGAAUGCAGCGCUACCAGAGACGUCUUGCUUCGACUCUCCAGCUGGGGCCUCUCCAAGAGACUACGCUGCACUUCGUGGAGAAACCUGCUCCGCUGGCGCCAGCUCGCAUGCCUGUUGCAUGUGAAAUUUUCUUUUCUUCUACAGAAAAGGAUGGCAAAGCCUUUCAUCCAACAUACGAAGAAAAACUCAAACUUGUGGCGCUGCACAAGCAGGUUCUGCUGGGACCUUACAACCCUGACACUUGUCCUGAAGUUGGAUUCUUUGAUGUGCUGGGGAAUGAUAGAAGGAAGGAAUGGGCUGCCCUUGGAAACAUGUCAAAGCAAAAAGCUAUGACAGAAUUUGUUAAGCUCCUGAAUAGGUGCUGCCACUUGUUUUCAACGUAUGUCACUUCCCACAAGAUAGAGAAAGAAGAACAAGAAAAGAAAAGAAGAGAAGAGGAAGAACGAAGGCGGCGUGAAGAAGAGGAGCGUGAGCGUUUACAAAAAGAAGAAGAAAAACGUAGGCGAGAAGAAGAGGAAAGACUGAGAAGAGAAGAAGAAGAGAGGAGGAGAAUAGAGGAGGAACGACUUCGGAUGGAACAACAGAAGCAACAGAUAAUGGCAGCACUGAACUCCCAGACUGCCAUUCAGUUCCAGCAGUAUGCAGCCCAGCAGUAUCCGGGCAACUAUGAACAGCAGCAGAUCCUAAUUCGGCAGCUCCAGGAACAGCAUUAUCAACAAUACAUGCAGCAGUUGUAUCAAGUCCAGCUUGCACAGCAACAGGCAGCCUUACAAAAACAGCAGGAGGCGGUUGUGGCAGCGACAGGGACUCCUCUGACUACUGCAUCGAAGGUGAAUGCACCUGCCCCAGGGGACACCCCAUCUGUUAAUGGGCAGGCCAGUGCACAUGCAGACAGCCCUGAAAAAGAGCUGGAUCCAGAGGCUUUGGAAGAGGCACUGGAGAAUGGACCAAAAGAUUCUGUUCCAGUGAUAGCUGCCCCAUCGAUGUGGACACGACCCCAGAUAAAAGACUUCAAGGAAAAAAUCCGGCAGGAUGCAGACUCUGUGAUCACCGUGGGCCGAGGAGAAGUGGUUACAGUUAGAGUACCAACUCAUGAAGAGGGGUCUUACCUCUUUUGGGAGUUUGCUACAGACAAUUAUGACAUUGGUUUUGGGGUGUAUUUUGAAUGGACAGACUCCCCUAAUACUGCAGUCAGUGUGCAUGUCAGCGAAUCCAGUGAUGAUGAGGAUGAAGAAGAAGAAAAUACUAGCAGUGAAGAAAAAGCCAAAAAGAAUGCCAACAAGCCUCAGCUAGAUGAAAUAGUGCCUGUGUACAGACGAGACUGUCAUGAAGAAGUGUAUGCUGGCAGCCACCAGUACCCAGGGAGAGGAGUUUAUCUCCUUAAAUUUGACAACUCCUACUCUCUAUGGAGGUCAAAAACAGUUUACUACAGAGUUUAUUAUACUAGAUAAAGGUGUGGCUGUGUCUGAGGCUGGGCUGUGCAGAAGAUGUCAUUUUAUUUGGAAUUUUCUUCAAGCAUAAUGGAUCCUUUUGAGUCUCUGUUUUACCCUGUCUGUAUCUGUAUGGUUUGUGUGAACUUUAACAAGUAGACACUGGGAUCUUCCUGCUCCAUGACACUAAUGCAUAUUGCAUUGGGCUUAACACAGGAUCUCCCUAGCCCUUUUGGGUAUUGGAGUUAACCAAUGGAAGUCAUUGGCUCCAGCGCUAAGGUCACAUCAGUUGCAUUUGUUAAAACCUCAUGAAAAAGGGGGAGGGAGUUGCUGGCUCACUGGCUGGGUGAUCUGAUGUUUCCAGGUCUGGAUGCUUUGAAUAACUUGUUAACGGUUAAUUUAAAGGUCCCAUCAAUAACUGGUAGAUUUGGAUGCAGUUUGCUGUGUAGCAAGUUUCUCUUAACUGUAAUUGAAUGUCAGAUUUUUACACCAUUAAAACUUGAAACUUUAAGUUGAUGCAGUUUAGAAACAAGUUGUCUCGCUUCUGUCCUCAUCAAAGAAGAAACAUUCAGUUCCUUAAACCAGUGUAGUGGCUAAGACAAGGAUGAGCAGCAUCCUGAAAGUACAGCAAAUAACCUCUUCUGAAGAUGUAAACUGAAUGACAAUUAAAAGUGUGUGUAACAAGAACAACCUUAAUCUCUCUGCCCCGCUGCUAACCCUAGAAUAAAAAAAGUCAUUUUUUGAGGCAAUUGACUUUGAACCAGGGCACAAGCUAUUUCUAAGUUUGGUGGGUUUUUAAUGGGGUAGACUUAAAAAAAAAAGUGUCUACAAACCUGAAACCAGUUUUCUGCACAACCUUCUGGUUUGUCUGUUUUUGUAAAACCUGAAUAAGCACGUUGUGCAUCUGAAGAACAGCAAGUCAGUUUGAUAAAGUAUAGGAGUUAAUGUUGCACUAAUUAUGGAAAUCACUGCCAGUCCAUUUUAGUCUGAACUGGUGAUACUUGGGUGCAAACUUUCUGCUUUAAUCUGUAACUGUCUGCAGAAAGGCGGAGUGCACAUACAGAUACUUAAUAAUGUAGCUUUAAUCUCAAUUUGGUAUGGUUUGGUUGGGGCAUUUCAUAUUUUGUAUAGUGAAAAAAUGCAGGUGGCUACUUGACUUGAGGUUGCAGCAAGAAUCCGCUCUCCUUGGAGCCCUGCGCCCCAGGGGUGAUGUGUUGCAAUGACGGCUUGCGUAAGUGCUCUCUGCAUGGGUAAUGCACUUUGUUACUGAAAGAAAAUGGUUACUUCGGGUGUCUCCGAUCAGUUCUUGCAGUAAGACUUCCAUUGAUUAGCUGCAGCAUGUACAGUUCCAUGGCAAAUGAUGUUGAGUUUGCGGGAUUUGUUUGAAUAAUCAGUUUGUACAUACACGAUACUUUACUUUUCUUAUACCAACCAGGGAGAUACUUCUCCUAGAGUGCUUAACUUGUCAUCUUGCAUUUGGUUCAGCAACACCGUACCAGCUUAUAGCUAGUUAGUGCUGCUUUAUCCAAAAACACUGUACAAUGUUCUGCUCUUGUGUACAUACAGUAUAUAAACCAUGAAUUUAGAAAGUACCUUGCUUUUAAAGAAAACUGUAUUUAAUGUAAAAAAAAAAAACUUUUAAAAAGGCAGGCACUAAUAUAUUUCUUCCGGUCUUCAAUUUAAAUUUUUUUGUCCAUACAAAAAUGUUAUGACUUAUUCCUCUAAGAAUAUCUGUUCCUGGGAGCGGUGUUUGUCGCUUUAAAUGGCAGCACUUACUGUCAUGUGUUGGAUGUUAGAACUUUUACGUUUUCAGACUUUUUUAUUGCCUCUGGCUGUUGAUUAGUACAGUACAAGUGCGAUUUCAAGAUACCUUGAGAUAGUAUUUAAUCCUAAUUAAAAUACAUUUAUCUGUAA